AUGUCUGAUCUCGGCCGCAAGGACUUCACCACCAAGGCUAAGGAGGAGAUUACCCCCGACAACUCCAAGUCUACCGCUCAGAAGCUCAAGGAGGGAGUUACUGACACCGCUGACCGCGCUGCCGGAGCUGUCAACCCCGACGAGAACAAGUCUACCACUCAGAGUGUCUUCGACAGUGGCCGCCGCGAGAAGGAUGCUCACACCGAGGGUCCAAUUGACAAGGUCAAGAACACUCUCGGAAUGAACAAGGAGUAG